AUGGCGCUCCAGGAAGCAGAACUAUUCGAAGACCAACACCCCCUGAUUCGAAGCUGUCCUGCCUUAAACGAAAUUCGUCUUGCCCAAGACAUUAAAGACUUGACCAUAGAGGUAACUUUCCUUAGUUACAGCGGACAUUUGUGCGUGUUAGGUCAAGAACGGCGAUGUUCUUCACGUCCAUCGAAUAGUGCUGGCAGCUCGCAUUCCUUCUCUGCGAGCGUCUGUCAGUGGCCCCCUCGGGGUGGAGAAUUCGGUCUUAAGGUGGCCGACAGCGCCGCUCAGGUUGGUUCUUUAGGUUUUGCUUACAACUUUUUUAGUCUCGCAAAUGCGCUCGUCCAGUAUGUGUACACUGGCCGGGUGGAGAUGACAGAGAACAACGUGAGGGGCCUGAUUGCGCUUGCAAGAAUGUUGGAACUCCCCGCCCUGGUGAAUUGGGGAGUGAUGUUCAUGGCCAAGAGGUACGCAAGUUCCCAACUAUUCCUCUCUAACUGCCUGCUCUGAAGAGUCAAUUUGGAGAAUUUGCCAGCCACGUGGGACUUUGCCAAUACUUUUAAUAUCAAAUUACUGGCCGAUACGUGCAUUGGGCUGAUGAAGGAGCAUUUUGAGUUAUUCGUACCAACUGAACUCUUUGUUCGUUUGUCGGCCGAAACCGUCCUCAGCCUGUUUCGAAGCGAUCGCCUCUCCGUGGGAUCCGAGGAGGAGGUUGUUACGGCGAUUGCUCGCUGGACGGGCGCUGGUGCCUGUGGCCAGGCCGACGAUGAGAGGCUGAAAGUACACGCGCCAGCGAUGUUGAAAGAAGUUCAGUGGCACCUAACCGACGUGGAAUGCCGCGAUCGCCUGAUGAAGGAUCAUCCAACGUUUGGGAAAAGUCCUGAAUGUCUGUAAGUUUAUGCUAUUUCGACCCUGUUAUUUUUUCUUAAUAAAAGUCAGCUUAUGCUUCAGGUUGAGCGGUUGAUUGGGGCAGCGGACAAGGACAAGCUGGCCCGCCCUUUCAACUUAAGGCCUCGUCUGCGCCCGACGAUCUUCCUCUUCGGAAAGGACAAAGAUGGGCAGGGCAGUUGGUCUGUCCGUCGCACCGACCAGCACCUGCAGCAGGUAGAACGCGUUGCUGACAUGAAGACGCGCCGCUGGUACGCCACCUACAGCGUCGUGGGCGGUGAGUUGUCGGAGAGUUCUGCGUCUCCUCUUGGGCGCAUUUUGUCUGCUUUGGAUGUUUUUGCUUGUUGAAGUCAAGCGCCUCUGUGUGCGACAGCAUUUGGUGUUUUGUAGGAAGUAAAUUAAGCAAAUAAAUCAGGCUCUUGCGGAUUGUUUGUAAGUGACGGACGUUUUCUGUAUUUCUUCUUCCGAAAGAGAGCAUUUUCGUUGUCGGUGGAGGAUGGAACGGCCCAGCGCUAGUUGAUGUUGACGAGUUUCUGGUGAGAGAAGGACGCUGGCGCGAACGGGCGCCCCUCGCUGUUCGACGCCAGGAGCACGCCGCCGCCGUCGUGAAGGUUCACGCCGUCGACGGAGAGGAGACGCUGAUUGGCAUUUUUGGUGGAGGCCUCAUGGAAGGGGACAGUUGCACAUGCCUCGCCUCCUGUGAAGCCUAUGACGUCAGGCAGGACAGGUGAGAAGGCGCUGGUUGUGGCGCAUCUAUUUUUUGCAAAAAAAAUAUUUCUAUCCUUCUACUCACUUCACACCCCCACUUGCCCUGAACAGAUGGCACAAAUUGCCCGACCUGCCGGAGAAGAGGUCCGGCCCAGCUGCUGCCUGCCUGCCCGGCGACAGUCGGGUUUUCGUUUUUGGCGGUUACGAUAGCUCCUCCCGGCUUGCCUCUGUGGUCUUCUGCAAUCUGCGGGCGGAUUGGCAGGAGAAGGCGACUUCAGCGCGCACCGCCGAUUUUUGGCAGCCGGCUGCAGCCAUGAGAACUGCGCGUUCUCGUCUCGCAGCGACACCCUUUCGGGGAGCAAUCCUGGUCGCCGGUGGAUACGAUGGCCAAAGGGCUCUAAACGUUGUGGAGACGUUCUCACCGCCAGACGCCGGCAACCCCCUCGGCCAGUGGACAAAGCUGGCCGACAUGAAGAAGCCUCGUCACUUGUUCGCUCUUCUCACUUCCUCCAACGCCGUUUUUGCUUUCGGUAAGGCAACACACAAUAAAAUGAAUUCUUUCUUUCCUUCCCUCUCAUGCCAUUCGUUCGCCUCAUCCGCGUGGCCAAUUUUACAAGCCACAAGAGCGUUAAAUCAGCUGAUAUGGCGUUGGAGUUGUUUCGUUCGCACUGCGCCAUUACAGCCAGAAGUGGUUGCCUUGCUGUGCAUACUGCCGAACCUCCCUUUUUAAAUAUCUUUUCUCUCGUGUUUCCUUUUGUCCUCCAGUGGAACUUCCUUAUAGUUAUGCAAAAUUUGUAGGCAAUCAGGAGGAACCGUUUAACACGGUGGAGACUCUCACGGCACCAGGAGGUUUAGCCGACAUGGAAAAUGACUUGACAUCUUGGGUCUGGUCGCCUAAAAUCCCAUUGGAGACACUUGACCGGAUUGACGGCGCUGCAAGCGUCUGCAUGUAA